UCUCGAUUUCGCUGGCCAUCGAGACAUCGACUCACAAUAGCUGCGGUACUGUUAACUAACCUGGACACACUCGAGACUCGAGGCAUCGUAUACCACAGCGUCCACAGACAGGCUCGUUCGUUGUACACGCUGUGAUCGGGCCUAGAGUAUCUGUAUAUCGAGAAUGAUGUGCCAUGAAUACGUUAUACAUUGUGUUGUACUCCGUUUUUCAAGUACCGCCUUCAUAUUGUAGAUUGGCGAUCGAUAGAGAAUCCUUAUUAGCAUUACCGCGCGCGCCAUGCAAAUGCGCGCGCUCUCCGUCUCAACGAUCAGCGAAACCAGUUCACUGAUUUGGCAUUAUGGGCAUUUAGUAUCGUAGAAAACAGAUUACAGUACUCGUAAUAUUUCUAAAACAACGCAAUAUACGCGGCAUUUGUUUAGCUGAUACGCGAGGUUCUGGCUGUCGAUCCGACUGCAUGAUGGAGAAGAUAUCGGAGAUUCCAAUGGCUACUGGCAGUGUGUUGGCAUUAAGUAUCGCGGAAGUCCUCUUGGCAGUCGCGGGAUUCGCCGCAAAUUUCUACAACCUAUUUUACGAAACUUUAAGCGGUGUUUUGGAGGGAUACUGGCGGCAGUCGAGAAUAUUCCGAUGCUGCAAACGCUGGCCUUCGUCAUUUUCAUCCCGUUGUACGGAAUCCAGCUGGUAUGCGGUGCCCGUUCCCUGCUGGCCGGUGUGCGACUACUCCGUGGCCAGAGAAAUUCCGCCUUCCUCGAUGAAGAGAACUAUACCAUAUGCCAGUUCAGAUACUGCCAGACGUUGGCGUUAAUGAGCAGCGGCAUGUGCCUGCUGGCCCUGGUUUUCGCCUGGUUCUCCCACGUCGGGUUGGCCGCUAACCGGCUCUUCUGGUUCGCCAGACCCAAACCUGAGCCGUGGGAAGCCGUAAACCAAGCUUUCCAAGCCGAACUCCCCGGACAGAUGGCCAUGCUGGCAGCGGUUCUGCUACAAAUCGCCAGCGUUAUCGUGGUGGUUUUUACCAAUCGGCAAAGUAAAUUCGUCCGCAAAGAUCUGGAGUCUACAAAGCGGAAUGCGGAUGAUCACAUGUCGUCCCAGGAAGAGCGCAAGCUGCUUGCCCGUUCGAAGAAGCCCAGCGGACCACCGCCAGCGUACAGUGCCGGGAAAAUGGAGAUGGCGGUGUAGGACAAGAUGCCAAAUGUGACCUUUAGUUGCAGGCAUGGAUUCAUCGUUGAGUUCGCAGUACAUGACCUUUAACAGACAAUCAUUGAACAAGUUUACGCGCCCUGUGAGAAUCAAACACUAAACUGCGUGUCCAUAGUAGGCAGUGCUUGAAUAUCUAUAUAUAUAUUACAGUGUUUAUGCGCAAAUUGGCAUUAUGCAUCUUGUGUCACAAGUUUUAUCUAAGCACAUAGUAAUUUUGUAUUGAUGUGUACAGUAUGUGCUCCGAUUCUCGAGAGCCUCACCCGCAUACCUGUCAUAAUAAUCAUCACUGUCGAUUCCGGAGAACCUUCUUGUUAUCGCCCGUAUUUCCCGCUUCACGGUGCCAUCACGGAUUACCCGAGAUGCUUAACGCCCGUCACUGCAAACCCAGCGUUAGCCGCUUACGCCCAGCCGAAGUGCUUUCUCAUCCAUUGCUUUCUCCGUGUAGCGCUCCUUUCGCUCCUUCCAGAAGGAAUAUUCCCGCAAAACCAUGGCUGCUUUCAUUUUCGACGAUUUGCCCUGUUAUGCAAUGUAUAUAGAUAUACGCGCAUUUAACGCGCAUGCGCAUUUAACGCCUAUUUUGUGGCACUACAACUGGGCAUAAGUGCGAGUAAUAAGCAAGAAAUAAAAUUAGUGAUCAUAUCUCCUCAUACCGUUACCUGCUUUACUCGUACCAUUACCAUCGAUACGGUGCAUUUUACAGUUAUUCGGUAUAUUAAGCUUCUGAAUCUUUUUAGGAGC